CGGUAGGCGGGGAGCGGUAGCGCAGCCGCCGUUCCGUGGAGGUCGUUGGAGUCACCGCCGCGCCAUGCUGUCCCGCAUCGCCCCUCCCGCCGCUGCCCUCCGCCGGGGCCUGGCCACCACCGCACAGAACCAUGCCAAGGUGGCAGUGCUGGGGGCCUCAGGAGGCAUUGGGCAGCCCCUCUCCCUUCUCCUGAAGAACAGCCCUCUGGUGAGCAAGCUCAGCCUCUACGAUAUCGCUCACACUCCAGGCGUGGCAGCUGACCUCAGCCACAUCGAGACACGAGCCAAUGUGAAAGGCUUCAUGGGACCUGAGCAGUUGCCAGAGUGUCUGAAAGGCUGUGAUGUUGUUGUUAUUCCUGCAGGAGUCCCUAGAAAACCAGGUAUGACCCGUGAUGACCUUUUCAACACCAAUGCCAGCAUUGUUGCUACUUUGACAACUGCCUGUGCAAAGCACUGCCCCAAAGCCAUGAUCUGUAUUAUUUCUAACCCGGUAAAUUCAACCAUCCCAAUAACUUCAGAAGUCUUCAAGAAGCAGGGUGUGUAUGAUCCCAACAGGAUCUUUGGUGUUACAACGUUGGACAUUGUCAGAGCAAACACUUUUGUGGCUGAACUAAAGGGCUUAGAUCCAGCCAAAGUAAGUGUUCCAGUCAUUGGUGGCCAUGCUGGGAAGACCAUCAUCCCUCUGAUCUCUCAGUGCACACCAAAAGUGGAGUUUCCUCAGGAUCAGCUGGAAAAGCUUACAGCAAGGAUUCAGGAAGCUGGCACUGAAGUUGUCCAAGCUAAAGCAGGAGCAGGAUCUGCCACCUUGUCCAUGGCCUACGCUGGUGCCCGGUUUGUGUUCUCCCUGGUGGAUGCAAUGAAUGGAAAGCAGGGAGUGGUGGAAUGUGCCUUCGUGCGAUCCGAUGAGACAGAGAGCCCCUACUUCUCUACCCCUCUGCUGCUGGGAAAAAAAGGCAUUGAGAAGAACCUGGGUAUUGGCAAGAUCACCCCCUUUGAACAGAAGAUGGUUUCUGAGGCCAUGUCUGAGCUGAAGUCUUCUAUUAAGAAAGGAGAAGAUUUUGCAAAGAACUUCAAGUGAAGAGUUGAUGAUGGAGAGGAAUUAACAACUUCCUUAAUUUAUUAAGGCAUCAUGUCACUUUAUGACUUCUGAUUCAGAGCUCAGGCUCUGAUUGAAGUCUGUCUGUAUUAGCUUAAUGAUUGUUGCCAGUGCAGAGUCUAAUCAUCAAUAAAGUGGCCUCAUUUUUUCAGCCAUCUGGGA